UUUUCUUUUAGAAUUCUACGAUCAGGGAAAAGAAGUUGCAUCUCUUUUUUCUGCCUCAUAAAAAUAUAAGCAAAACAUUAAAUGGAAAAUUAUAAACUUUGAGAUGUUUCAUUAGAUCAGCCACCUCACUUGAACAACUCUUCAUUUCCCUUUCAAGUGCUAUUUAUCUUCUUCCUCUGUAAAUUUCAAAUUCCGAGCUUGGUAUUCUCCUUUGCAACUGUUGCCAUGUCUUUCAGAGGUCUCGGUCGGCCAAAUGCCUCGUCAGGCAUGGGAGUGGCUGAUCACAGCAAGAAGAGCUUCAUGGAGCUGAAGCAAAAGAAGGUGCAUCGAUACGUGAUCUUCAAAAUCGAUGAGAAGAAAAGGGAGGUGGUGGUGGAGAAAACGGGUGGUCCGGCGGAGACUUAUGAUGAUUUCACGGCAUCACUGCCUGAGAAUGAUUGCAGAUAUGCUGUGUAUGACUUUGAUUUCGUCACUUCAGAGAACUGCCAGAAAAGUAAAAUCUUCUUCAUUGCGUGGUCACCUUCAAGCUCUCGAAUCCGAGCCAAGAUGCUGUAUGCGACAUCGAAAGACAGGUUAAGGAGGGAGCUAGAUGGGGUGCACUACGAAAUCCAGGCAACUGAUCCCACAGAAAUGGAUCUUGAAGUUCUCAGAGAUCGUGCACAUUAAUUCACACUUCUCCAUGCUCUGCCUGUCUUUUUAUCUUCAUUAUAUUACAUGACUAGUGCACACACGUACGUCUCGGCAUUAAAACUACCUGUAACAAUAAAGUGAAUCUCUCUCGUGCCUAAUGGACUUGAGCUUGUAUCUCAUGCUGGGAAUUCUGCAUCCCGUCUCUUCAAUCAGUAAGCAAGUAAUUUGAAAUUUGAAAUUGACAUAAAGUUGUUAAUAUUUCUCAGCUUUUUAAUACAGUUAAUUAACUAUGAGUAGUUCAGAAAAAUACCGGGAUAUUUUACUUCAUCUCCGUGUUUGUAUAUAAUCAA